AUGCAUUUGCCGUCGCUGGUCGGCGCGGCCGUGGGCCUGAUCGCGCGGUACUGGUGGGCCGGGCAAACGGACGCGACGGUAGAGCGGUACACGGCUGCGGUCCGGGCGAACGUGCCGCUCAUCGGGCUUGCCGCGGCCGCCGCGCUGGGCCUGUUCGCGGUGUACCUGUGGCGGCACACGGAACCGGAACCGUGGACGGGCGGCCGGCGGCUGUUCCUGUUCAACGACCGGACGCUAGAGCGAGUGGCCGAGUGCGUGGCCCAGGCUACGUUGGACUCGACGCGCCCCCUCCAUCUGGACGCCGCGGACCCCGUUUACAAGCGCGUGGCCGGCGUGACGUCCCGGAUGUUGGCCGCCAACUCGUCGGUGGACGCGAUCCGACGGCGUCGGUGGACGUUGGUGGUGGUGGACAGCCCGAACAUCAACGCCACCGCCAUGCCCAGCGGGCUGGUGAUGGUGUACACCGGUCUGGCGGCCGUGGCCAACGACGACCAGCUGUCGAUAUUCGUCGGCCACGAGCUGGCGCACUGCCUGCUCCGGCACGUCAACCAGAUCAACAGCGUCGCGGUCGUGGUCAACGCGCUGUGCCUGGCGCCGGUGACCGCGGUCGUCUGCGCCGCGCUGCCGUUGGGCUGGAACGUGUUGGCGUACCUGUUGUCGGUGGCCGCGUUGAAGGUGUGCUUUGUGCUGCCGUUCGUCCGGUUGUACGAGUCCGAGGCCGACCGCGUAGGCCUGCGGCUGGCCGCCAACGCGUGCGUGGACGUCGCCCAGGGCUACCUGUUCUUUGACGCCAGGUCGGAAAGGGACGGCUGUGCGUCCAAACUGUUCUGGUGGCUGUACAUGCAUCCGACCAACAGACGUCGGGCCAGACACUUGUACAGCUUGAUUCCCCGCGGUCACGGAGCACACGAGAACGUAAUAAGCGCCAGAAGUAUGUGCUCAUUUGAUAUUGGUCUUAUAGUGUUCGUUAAUACGAUUAUGGUAGAAUGA